UCAUUGUGGUGUCUGGCCGUAGGUUUCUCACAAUGACAACUUUCGCUGGUUUUGACGAGGACAGUAAUAUCCAUUUUUGGAAUAACCUUAAACCCGAAAACGUAAAAGGAAAAGUCGAUGAAGACAUCUUUUUUCCCGGCUUGGACACUUGCUGAAAUAGGCUACUGGAAUAAUUCCUCACUCCGGACGCUGGAUUCCAAACGUGAGGCUGUAUUAUAUUAACUCCAACUGAUUCUGCUGGAAUCUAGAUUUUUUAAUUCGGGGUAAUGUCACAUGAUUUCCCACUGUAAACUAUCUUUCCUUCGUCUUCUCUGGGUGUUCAAGGAAGCUAUACUUGAAAGACUUCACAGUGCCGAAGGCGAAUUUGCGCGCAGAUAACAGAAGACUGUAUACAUUAAGACUUGAAACUGCGACUGUGGGUCACACUGAAGGUGCAUGCUGAGCUAUGGAGAUGUGUACUUCAAGGAAACUUGGCACCUUGCUGUCAUUUACAUUUCUCUUGGCUUCUCCAGGUGUGCUGACAGAUGUCCACAUUCCAGUAAAAAGCAUGGAGGUGAUCAAGGGUCAGAAGGUGGUGCUGCCGGCCUGGUAUACCUCCAGCUCCAGCGUUAGCAAGAACACCGUUAUCUGGAGCUUUAUGGCAAAUAACACCAAACUGAUCAUCUCAUAUACCCCAGACGCUGUAAGUUUUGGCGACUCACAGUUUUCGGAGCGUGUUGGCUUCAUGGCCACCAUGCCUUCGGCCAACCUGUCCCUGUACAUAAAUAACACACAGGAGUUGGACACCGGACACUACUCCUGCCAGGUCAUCAUCCCUGGGGCCACUGGCCUGACUGGAGAGCUUGACCUCAUUGUCAAAGUCCCUCCUUCUGUCCCAGAGUGUUCGCUGUCAGGGAAACCAAUUCUGAAAGGCAACGUCACAUUGAGCUGCAAAUCCAAAUUAGGCAAGCCCGUCCCCUUGUACAAGUGGCAGAAGACCAGCCCCAUGUCCACAGUCUUUUUUUCUCCCAUGCUCAACGAGCGAGCAGGCACGCUGAAGCUGAGCAACCUGACCAGCAAAAUGUCUGGGAAGUAUGUGUGUACGGCCAGCAACACGGCUGGCGCAGAGACCUGCUACAUCAACCUGGAGGUCGUUACCGCGACCAACACAGGAAUGAUAGCCGGAGCCACUGUGGGCUCUGUGUUUGGACUUAUUUUCAUCAUCCUCUUCCUCAUCUUCCUCCUGAAGAGGAAGAGAGACACUGAGGAGGACCUGGCCAACGACAUCAAGGAAGAUGCCCAGGCACCCAAGCGCGUCUCAUGGGCGAAGAGCGGUGGCUCCGGCUCGGAUGUGGUCUCCAAGAAUGGCACCCUGUCCUCCAUCAACACCACUUCCAACAACAUCUACCAGCGGGAGCCCUUGUCCCACCACCAACAACUGCAGCAGUAUCCCCAGCGCCCUCCCUCCGACACCGCCUCCAUCCUCACUGCCACAGGCACCGGUCACCGGCCCGGAUCCCGCCAGGGUGCCUCCACCCCCACCCGUGGCCAAGCCCUGCCAGGCUAUGGCUACAGCACGGCUACAACCCUGCCCCGCAGUCAACUGGCUAAUUCUGCAGCGCCCAGUGCCAACGGUAGCCCGGUGCCAAGAUCCAAGCACCCUCAAAUCCAUACCCAGAACCAGGCAGCGCCUGCGGCCCCGCACCCACCACCUCUGCCCGCUGUUGUGACGGCAUCCAACAUUUCCCGGAUGGGAGGGGUUCCAAUCAUGGUGCCAGCUCAGAACCAGGCUGGCUCACUGGUGUAACACGGUUCAGACCUUCAUCGGUCUACUAUUUUUAAAAGAUUAAGAUUCAACUGAAACAAUGCAUUUUUAAUGUAAGCAUUUAAGCUUGAAUGGGUCUUUGAGAAGGUGGAGCAUUUUAACCAGUCAAAAUGCAUUACAAUUAUAGGUAAAACCUUAAAGAGACCGACUGGGUUGCUACAUAAGGCAAUUAUUAUUUAAUGAAUUACACAAAGUACUUUUUUUUUUUUUUAAAUGCUUUUUAUAUUCUAUAUAUGCAAAUUAUGUAUAGAUUUGGAUUUCAUAAAUUUGUGCAGUUUCUUGUUAUUUCUAUUGAACUGUCAAUGUAUUUUUUACACUAUUUUUCAGUGCAGCUUUUUUGGAGUCUUACUGUAGCGAGAUUGUAUUUAUUCCUAACUACCACAUCCUACCAAGGACACUCUAUUCUGUCACAGGGAGAGGACAAGCUGUUACAUCAACUGUGAACGUGCAUCAAAGUUGUUUUAGUUCCCUGCUAAAUAUAUAGAUAUUAAUACUAGUACCAAAUUAGUUGUGCAACACGAAGUAUAUAUUAUAACUUUUAUUCUUUUGUCUAUUUAAAUGUAUUUUCAAACAUGUAUAUUAUUGUGACAAAUAUGGUGGAAGGUGGACUAAUGUAAAAAUACCUGCAUAUAAGGAUGCAGUUGCCAGUGUUCUGGGCCAUGGAGAUGUUUCAUUAACAAAAAUAGCAGACAGGAAAAGCAAACAAAACUGAAAAGCAAAAUGUUUGGUGGGAUAUGGCUUUCCGCUCUUUUCUUUUCCAUCUUCUGCUGCUUUUCUGGGGCCCUUUUAUCUACCACUUGAUAAGGCUUGACUGGGGGCAGGUAGGCCUUGUCAAGGGGUUUCAGCUGAGCUGCGUUCAAUGCUAGCAGCUUGGUUGGGUUCAACAGCCCAGUUUUUACAGCCAUGGGCCAGUUGAUUCUCCCUGGGGCAAUGGCCUGUCGCUGACACAUGAGAGGUUGCAUUUACGCCGCAGUAAGCUGGGUCAAAUGUUAUGCCAAUUCUCUACAGACACAGCACUUAAAAUAUACCUAUUUAUAAAAUAUACCUGUUGUAAGCAUUUCAUGGGAAGAUUUUACAGUAUUAAAAAUACAAAACACUGACAAAUUUAGUCAAUCAAAUGAAAUGUGUCAACAUGAAGAGGUGAUUAUACAGUCAUUACUGAGGCCGGUAAUGUGCAGUGAGUGCAGUGUUUUUGGUCCUCUGUAUUUUCAAGUAUUUUGGUUGCAGAACCAUGUUAUGUGUCUGCUUGUAAUUUGUAAGAACUGGAAUGUUUUUCAGGAUCAAAAUAAUUUACAGGAGUAAAGCCCAGGGAAAACAUAGAAACAUUUGCAUUCAAAAAUAGACAAAAGUAAUACAAAUGUCAAUGCUGCAUACCACACCAGAAAGGCAAAAGAGGUUCUGAGUUAUAAAACUUAGUAACUUAAAUGUAUUUGAAAAUUGGGGUCAAUGUUUGAAAACUUCGGUUCAUAAACAAUUCCCAAUGAAAUGUAUUAAGCCUGAGACAUUUGGAUGAAAAAUAUGGCUAUACUGUAUGUUGCAGUAGAAGUUGUGCAGUUAGUAAAAAUGUAUGGCUACCAAAGGCAUUGUAAGCGUGAUUAGCAUGAACAUUUUACAAGUAUUAACUUAUUUUCAUAUUACUUCAGAAACACCCACUAUGUAUGUCAACGCAACCAGAGAAUCUAUUGACCUGAGAACCACAAUUCCAGCUAGCUUGAUCUGGUGGUAGGCUAAACCUAAGGUGUGCUGUUCUGAGGGCCACAUCCCUAAAGAGUAUUGUGUAUCUUCUUAAACUUGGAGUCAUGAUCUACACUCAACAAACUAGAGGAAGUAAACUUUCAGACCAAUCAAAUGUGUCCACUUUUAGCACACAGCAAACAUACUUUCAAGGUGCUUCUCUUUCUGGCUCUGAUACUCCCCUGAAGUUUUUUUUGCAUUGCUUGGGCAACAGCUAGCUAGCAUACUGGCUAAAAUAACUGUAAAACAUUCUUCAGAAUUGGUUAGCUGGAGUUAUUGAGCUUGUUCAUGCAGUGCUGAUGUAAUAAAGUACUUGAAUAGUUUUUGUUUGCCUCAUAAUAUAAUUGAAACCAGUAGUCAUGAAAGCAGACAAUUUGGUUCAAUUUGAACUUCAACAUUUGAAAAUAUGACUGAGUUUACAUUGGAGGGAAUAGAAACCCAACAGCCAGCCUAUGACUUCAUAUCCUCAGUAAAAUGUCCAAUGUAAUUAUGCAGGUCUGAAUUCUGUUUAACAACUUGAAUAGAAAUUGUUUCACAUUUAACUAUAAACUAGCGCAUCUGAUUCUAUUCGUCAACUAUACAUUAAAUCAUUACCAACUUGA